GAGCUUUUUCGGGUCUGUCGUGGACGGGGGAGGAGGACGUCUCCGAGGCUGGCGUCUUCGAGCUCAGCAAUCAGAGACGGAGACCGUACCGGUGAGACUCUGUCUGGACCGUGGGCCCUGGGCCGGCCUGCAUCUUUCACGCGCUCGGUCCGGUUUGGACGACGGACGAUUUGUGCAAAGGAGGUCUGGGUCUGCGUUUUUUGCUCGUUCGGCUGAUCCUGUCGAAUCCGUUCUUGAUGCAAACGGGAUGGAAUUCGAAGGGCUGCACAAUUGACGACAUAUAGCACGACAGGGUUUUACUGCUUCGUGACAGACAGACGAUUCUGAAAAUGGGGACGGCAAGAUCGCCCAGAUUUUAUGCCGGAGCUGUGAUUUUGGCGCUCGAUUCUAUUCUCGUUGCUCUCGUGAUCUACCGCGUCCCAUACACCAAAAUAGAUUGGGAUGCGUAUAUGUCACAGGUCACAGGUUUUCUCUCUGGAGAAAGAAAUUAUGAGGAGCUCGAAGGGGACACUGGACCCUUGGUUUAUCCUGCCGGAUUUCUCUAUUUUUACUCGGGAAUACAGUACAUAACUGCCGGUGCAGUGUUCCCCGCUCAGAUUCUCUUCGGCCUGUUGUACGUGAUCAACCUGGGGCUUGUUUUAUGGAUAUACACCAGGACUGAGGUGGUACCGCUGUGGGGGCUCACUUUACUAAUGCUAUCGAAGAGAAUCCACUCUAUUUUUGUGCUGCGCCUGUUCAAUGACUGUAUUGCAACCACUCUCACACACGCUUCACUUAUUCUAUUCCUGAAGCAUAGAUGGCAUCUUGGCCUGACAGUCUUCAGUAUUGCAGUCUCAGUGAAGAUGAAUGUUCUCCUCUAUGCUCCCCCUUUGCUGCUGUUGCUGCUUAAGAGCUUACCGAUUGGCGGAGUUAUCUCUUCUAUAUCAUGUGCUGCCUUUGUUCAGCUUGUGGUGGGAUUUCCAUUUUUGCUGGAGUAUCCUUUAGCAUACAUCUCCCGCUCUUUCAACCUCGGACGAGUUUUCAUUCAUUUUUGGUCUGUGAACUUCAAAUUUGUUCCUGAACGGUGGUUCGUUUCCAAGCCAUUUGCAAUUGCCUUACUGGCUAUGCAUUUGGUUCUUCUAUUUCUCUUCGCCAGAUACAAAUGGUGCAAGCAUGAAAAAUCUGGAGCCCUCAAACAGAAGGUUAAGAAGAGCCGAAAGAAAAAGCUGACUGCAGAUCACAUUGUAACUUUGCUUUUUACAGGAAACUUUAUCGGGAUAGUUUGUGCUCGUUCUUUACACUACCAAUUUUAUUCAUGGUAUUUCUACACACUACCUUAUCUGUUGUGGAAAACGUCUUACCCAACAAUCUUACGGCUUUUUCUGUUUGUCGUUAUCGAAAUCUGCUGGAAUAUUUAUCCAUCAAACAGUGCGUCGUCGGUAACUCUAUUAGUCUGCCACCUUACUUUGUUAUGGGGAUUGUGGAGUGCUCCAUCUGAGUACCCUCAUGUUAGAGAAGUAGAGAACGAAAUCAAGUCGCAAUAAGGGUGCCAUUUCUUCCGGUCCAAUUGACCUCAAUAUUUUUUCCUCCUUCAUAUAUACAUCGUGGCUGAUGUCUC